AUCAAUGUGCGCCAUGACACUUCCAGGUGCAUUUGCCGAUUUCUGUCAUCUUUAAUCUCAUUGUUUCUCACCAGUUAAAGGUGAGUGUGGCAGGUGGUAACAGUUGGGGUUCAUUCAGGUGACAGCUGUACAGUUGAUACUAACCUAAAAGGGCUCAAGGUUUAGGGGUACAACACAGAUACCUGUAUAUUGGUGGAGAGAGUCUCAUGGGAACACAUUUUGUAAAAUUCUGAUUUGUGUCAUCUUAGUGCACAGAAAUAUUAACCAUUGGACUUUGAAGCAGUGUUUUAUAUACAGGCAUAUUAUACCGUGUUGAGUUUGAGUGCUGAGCCAUGGGGUCACUCUUCAGAAGUGAGGAGAUGACAUUAUGUCAGCUUUUCCUCCAGUCAGAAGCUGCAUAUGCCUGUGUGUCAGAACUGGGGGAGCUUGGGCUUGUGCAAUUCCGUGAUCUAAAUCCAGAUGUAAAUGCAUUUCAAAGGAAAUUUGUGAAUGAAGUGAGAAGGUGUGAUGAAAUGGAGCGUAAACUUCGAUUUUUGGAAAAAGAGAUUCGUAAGGAUGGAAUCCCAAUGCUGGACACUGGAGACAACCCUGAUGCCCCUGCACCCAGAGAAAUGAUUGAUUUAGAGGCAACAUUUGAGAAGUUGGAGAACGAGAUGAAGGAGGUGAACUCAAAUGCUGAAGCUUUGAAGCGUAAUUUUCUGGAGCUGACCGAGCUGAAGCACAUUUUGCGAAAAACCCAAGCAUUUUUUGAGGAGGCUGAACUUCGUCAUACUCAGGCCCUUCAUGAUCCCAGUUUGAUAGAUGAGAAUGUAGGCUUACUCGGGGAAGAAGGGCUGCUAGCCGGGGGCCAGGCCAUGCGACUAGGUUUUGUGGCGGGUGUGAUUCUUAGGGAGAGAAUCCCUGCAUUUGAGAGGAUGCUGUGGAGGGCUUGUCGCGGGAAUGUCUUCCUGAAACAGGCCGAGACAGACAUGCCCCUGGAGGACCCAGUCACGGGAGACCAAGUCAACAAAUCAGUGUUCAUCAUUUUCUUCCAAGGUGACCAGCUCAAGUCCCGGGUGAAGAAGAUCUGCGAAGGGUUCCGUGCCACUUUGUACCCGUGCCCAGAAACCCCUGCAGAGAGACGGGAAAUGGCUUUAGGAGUCAUGACCCGUAUUGAGGAUCUGAACACUGUACUAGGCCAGACACAGGACCAUAGACACAGGGUCUUGGUGGCAGCAGCUAAAAACAUCAAAGUUUGGUUCAUAAAAGUGCGCAAGAUAAAGGCUAUCUACCACACGCUGAACAUGUUCAACCUGGAUGUGACACAGAAAUGCCUGAUAGCAGAGUGCUGGUGCCCUGUGGCUGACCUCGACCGUAUACAGCAGGCUCUGCGCCGGGGAACUGAGAGAAGUGGAAGCAGUGUACCAUCAAUCCUCAACCGAAUGGUGACCCGCGAGAAGCCCCCAACCUAUCACAGAACUAACAAGUUCACACAAGUGUUCCAGACCAUUGUGGACUCUUAUGGGGUAGCCUCUUACAGAGAAGUCAACCCAGCUCCAUUCACCAUUAUUACCUUCCCAUUCCUGUUCGGGGUCAUGUUUGGGGAUGCCGGCCACGGACUAAUAAUGGCCUUGUUUGCAGCAUGGAUGGUCCUCAAAGAAAAACAGUUGAUGGCCAAGAAAAUUGAUGAUGAGAUUUGGAACACCUUCUUUGGGGGUCGAUACAUCAUUCUUCUGAUGGGAUUCUUUUCUAUUUAUGCUGGCUUUAUUUAUAAUGAUGCCUUUGCUAAGUCCCUCAAUAUCUUUGGUUCCUCAUGGACCCCACAUUUCAGUGAAGGAGAUUUCAACAGAUUUGAAAUCUUAAUGAUGGAUCCAGCAAAUGGGACGUUUUCUCAGUCACCAUAUGCAUUUGGCCUGGACCCUGUUUGGCAGCUAUCCUAUAACAAGAUCACCUUCACCAACUCACUCAAGAUGAAGCUGUCUGUCAUUCUAGGGGUAUCCCAGAUGUUCUUUGGCAUAAGCCUAAGUUUCUGGAAUUACAGAUAUUUUCAGCGAAAAAUUGACAUAUUUUGCAAGUUCAUUCCUGAGCUGAUCUUCUUGUUCUGUAUGUUUGGAUACCUGAUCAUUCUGAUUUUCUACAAGUGGGUUCACUUUGACGUAACAAGGGCGCAUCAGGCUCCAAGUCUACUCAUAGGUCUCAUAAACAUGUUCAUGUUCAAGGGACAAGAGUUCCCAGUCUUCACUGGUCAGGAAGCUGUGAAUACCUUUCUAGUACUCUUGGCCGUGGCCUGUGUUCCAUGGAUAUUGGCUAGCAAACCCCUGGUCAUCUAUUACCAGCAGAGAAAGAAGCAGCACAUGCAUCCUAGCCUAUCUAUACAAAGUGGGGACCUGCUCAAUCACGAUCGAAGCCAGGCGAUCCGGCUAGAUUUAGAGGCUGAUGAAAACAGUGUGGCGCCUGUUGAUACAGACAAGGAACAGACAGACAUUACAGAGGAAGUAAACUGGGGAGAGUUAAUCAUCCACCAGGCUAUCCACACCAUUGAGUUUUGCCUGGGCUGUAUCUCUCACACAGCUUCCUAUCUACGUCUCUGGGCCCUCAGCCUGGCACAUGCUCAGUUGUCAGAAGUGUUGUGGUCCAUGGUGAUGAAAAUUGGCCUGAAUGCUGAUGGAUACACUGGAGCCAUUCUACUAGUGCCUGUGUUUGCAUUCUGGGCCUGUCUGACAAUUGCUGUCCUCCUCCUCAUGGAAGGGUUGUCUGCCUUCCUUCAUGCCCUCCGUCUCCACUGGGUUGAAUUUCAGAGCAAAUUUUACGAAGGUCAGGGGUACAAGUUUCUGCCAUUUUCCUUUGAGCUGCUUCUGGAAUCUCACCCCCAAGCUGAAGACUGAAGCCUGUCCUAGUCACUCGACUGAACUCAUGGUACUUGUUUGUGAUUACUCAU